AUGUCCAAAACCAAGUACAGCAAGGUGGUCAUCAUUGGCGCCGGCUUCUCGGGCCUGACCAUGGCCUGCCAGCUGCAGGACAAAUUCGGCGAGUUCGACUAUACGAUUUACGAGCGGUCCAAGGAGGUCGGAGGGACCUGGUCAGCAAACAAAUACCCCGGCUGUGCGGUCGACAUCCCAGCAGCACUGUACAGUCUCUCGUUCGCGCCCCAUCCGGGCUUCUCCAAGCUGUGCCCGAGUCAGGCAGAGGUGCUCGACUACUUCCUCGAGGUCGCGCACCGGUACCGGGUGCUGCAGCACGUCGCGAGCCAGACGGAGUGGGAGGGCGCGGAAUGGCAGGAAGACCGGCAGACGUGGAGAGUGCGGAUGCGGGAUUUGGUCAGUGGCACGGUGUUCCAGCACGAGUGCAAGAUCCUGAUCUCGGCCGUGGGAGCGCUGGUGCAUCCCAACUCCUUCGAUCUGCCGGGUGUGGAUUCGUUCCGUGGCGAGAUCGUCCACACAGCCCGUUGGCGAGAUGAUCUUUCGCUCCGGGGGAAGGACGUUGUUGUUGUCGGGAACGGAGCAUCCGCGGCGCAGGUGAUCCCCGCGGUCAUCCACGAAACCAAGACGAUCACCCAGUUCAUCCGAACCCCACAGUACUACGUCCCCAACGACAACUUCGACAUCAGCGCCUUCUGGAGGGCCGUCUUCCGCUGGCUGCCCGGCUGUCUGCUGCUGUUCCGCUUCGUGCUCUUCGUCUACCUGGAAUCCGCCAUGGCCAUGAUUGGGCGCGGCGAGCAGGGGUCGCGCAGCCGGCUGGUGGCCGCGACCCAGAGCAAGGAAUACAUGACAGGAUCGGCGCCAGAAAAAUACUGGCCGCUCCUUGUGCCCGAGUACCAAAUUGGCUGCAAGCGCAGGGUGUUCGACAAGGCCAAGUACAUCCCGUGUCUCCAGAACGACAAGCUGCAGCUCACGGCCGACCCGAUCGUUCGCAUUGGCGAGUCCUGCGUCCUGACUCGGUCUGGGCGAAGCUAUCCGGCCGAUGCCAUUGUGUUGGCAACGGGCUUCUCGCUGACCCACUGGGACGUCGACGUGCGCGGGCGAGCUGGUCGCAGCAGGGCCCAGCACUGGGCCGACUUUGGCUACAUCGAGGCCUUCCAGAGCGUCGCCAUGAAUGAGUUUCCCAACUUCUUCUAUAUCCUCGGGCCCAACUGCGGCCGCGCCCACACCUCCACGCUGUUUGCCAUUGAAAGUUAUACACACCUGAUCCUUCGGGUCAUCCGGCCCAUCCUGGAAGGCCGCGCCUCCGCCGUGGAACCGAAGCACGACAGCGAGCGCCGCUACAACGAGCUGCUGCACUCUGCCAUCGACAAGACCGUCUUUACCGACUCGUGCGGGACAUACUUCAACGACGCCAAAACAGGCCGCAACUGGUUCAUCUACCCCUGGAGCUCGCUGCAGAUGUGGUACUCGACGCACUGGGCGGGGCUGGCCGACUGGUCGUAUGACGCCCGCUCUCCAAGCGACGCAAGUGACGCCGGUUUGCGACCGGAGAAGUCGCUGCUGCAGCGCUGCAGGUGUCGCAUGGACGAGUCCGUCCGCUCUGGGAUGUGCCACGAUUAUUGCUGA